AACAAAUUUUCAGCAUUUCAGAUUUUGUUAUUUGCGUCGCAUUUUUAUUAUAAAGUGACGCAAAUAACUCUGUUGCAUUUUAGGUUAUUCAUUCUGCGCUUUUUUGACCCUAGCUUUUCACGCCUACCUUUCACUAAUUCACUAAACAAAAAGAAAAAAACAGAGUUGCUUCUACAGAAAACUGCAAUUCGACCCUUCAAUCCAACAAAUUCGCCCAAAAAACAUCCACAAAUUCGCCCAAAAAACUGCAAUUCCCCAGCAAAUUCAACAUCCAAAAUCGCAAUCAAGUUCAACACCCAUAAUCGGCAGCAAAUCCGAGCAAUUUCGAGCAAAAAUUUAGACCAAAAACCCUAAUUAAUUCGAACCCUUAAACCCCAGAAAAAUUGAUUAUUUUCGACCAAAAAUCCCCCAUUUCGAGCAAAAAAUGUACUCAAUUCCAUACGAAUUCGAACCCUAGAAACCCCUAAAAAUUCAAUUAAAAAUCCUGCUGAAAAAAUUCGAGCAAUAACUGAAAUUUUCGAGUGGAAAAAUCGCUUAAUUUCGCCCCCAAAAACCCGAGGAAGUUCAAGCAAAUUACAGCAAUGUUGAAUUUUUGAAUUUUCGAGUGGAAAAAUCGCUUAAUUUCGCCCCCAAAAAUUGAUUUCGGCUCGACAUUGUUGAAUUUUUGAAGUCAAUUUCACUUAUGGCAUCAGGUUAAUCAUUUUGUCUCCACGUUGCAGCAAUAUGUGCUAUCGCAGUUAUCGGAUUUAUCCUGGAGUAGAUUUUGCUUCUCCCUCAAGCAUGAGGUUUGAGCCAGUGCUAUAACCUAUAAGUCAAAGAUAUGAUGGAUCUAGAAUCUGUGCAUAUGGCGUAUCUAACAGAUACAAAGCGCAUAUGCUUCCUAUCUGGUGAAACUCUAUCCAUAUCAAACAACAUUGAGAGAAUUUUGCAAUGUGCCUUAGAUUUUCGAUCAUGCCUUGUCAAUGGAGUGGGAGAUUUUCAGUCUGACAACCAGGGUUUGAUAGACCAUAUUUCACAGAUCAAUAUUUCUCAGGUAAGUUUGAUAAAGAAAAAUUUCGAUGAAAAUCUUAAAGAACUGCAUUCAUCUUAUCUCAAGUCUCCCAAGCACGGGGAGUUCGGCCUUGCUCGGUUUUGGACUUGCCUGAAUUACAAUGGGUAUUACUCGGAUGCCCUUGGUAAUGAUAUGUGCACGAAAUUCUCUCGUGUCCUCAACAAUUGGGUGGACGUGAGUGUGGCUACUACGUCAUGCGUUAUAUGUACGAAAUACUUGAACAUCACCAUAGCAGUGAAGAUCUUAUUCAGGAUUUUUCAAGAACUACACCGUACACCGAGGAGGAGAUAAAUGAGAUCCGAGAUAUUUGGGCAGAGUAUUUUAUAUGUAAUGUUGAACUUUAGAUUUACCACUUAUCGCAUGUUUGACUCUUGUUUUGGAUUAUAGGCUUGAAAUGAAGUAAUUUGGUUAAUUGGUGUUGGGAUGAUGAGUAUAAUGUCUAUGAUAUUGAGAUGUAAAUUAUUGGACAGGUUGUUAAUAUAAUGUCGUCAUUCCCAAUUUUAUGGGUAGGCCAAAUUACAAAGGAGACUCUGCCGAAAUUUACAUUUGCAUUAUUCAA